AUGGAGCAGCCGGUGCAAACAGAAGUGUGGAAAGCGCAGACUUUACAGGAACUGAUCCAGAUCCUGCAUCGCUUAUUUUCUAGUGAUAAAGUCAGUGUAGAAGAAGUGCAAGCCUUAAUGGAAUCGUAUGAGAGCAACCCUCUGGAGUGGAUGAAAUAUGCCCAAUUUGACCAAUACAGGUACACAAGAAAUCUUGUGGAUAAAGGAAAUGGAAAGUUCAACCUGAUGAUCUUAUGCUGGGGUGAAGGACAUGGCAGCAGUAUUCAUGAUCACACUGACUCACAUUGCUUUAUGAAGAUCCUUCAGGGGAAUCUAAAAGAGACCCUGUUUGAGUGGCCUGGGAAAAAAGGGACUGGAGCGAUGACUAAGAAAUCAGAACGAGUUUUGGGGGAAAAUCAAUGUGCCUAUAUCAAUGACUCCAUUGGCCUGCACCGUGUGGAGAACACAAGCCACACAGAGUCUGCUGUUAGUCUGCACUUGUACAGCCCGUCCUUUGACAGCUGUAACACCUUUGAUCAAAGAACUGGACACAAGCAUAAAGUCAAAAUGACAUUCUAUAGUCAGUUUGGAGAAAGGACUCCAGGUGCAACAGCAGUGUCACAAGAGAACAACUGA